AUGUGUGCGUUGCUCCUGAGCACCGAGAAGAUUGUCCGAGCCGUCAAUCGCGGGCAGGUGUACGAACUGGUAUACAAGCCGGAGAACACGCUGGAACUCGCCUUGCAACAUCUCCGAGAUGCCUUAGUGGGCCUAUACGCCGCGUCCUUGGAGCUGCUUGCGAACUCGUCGAAGCUGCUGUCGCAGAAUACGGCCGCACAGACUAUACAUGCAAUUUUACAUCCAGGAGGGACCGAGUCUCUUUUUAAAAAAUUAGACGACUUGGAAACCCAACUUGGCCGCGAUGUCCAGGCAUGCCAGAGCGCAUGGAGUGCUGCUGCUGAUAAGCGGCUGACGGGUUUGCUACAUGGCCUUGAUGCUCCGAUAACUCGCAUCGACGACGGGGUCGGCACGCUUCUCGAAAUUGUCGACUGGAACGAGCAGAAGGAUAUUCUAGAAUGGAUCUCACUUGUACCAUACAGAAAGCACCACGACGAGGUCAAAAUGCUUCGAACGCGUAACACGUGCGAAUGGUUGUUGGGCGACGAUAAAUUUCGUGAAUGGGAGAAGACCAGCUUGUCGGUCAUUCUGUGGCUGCAGGGUUCCCCUGGCGCGGGCAAGACCUACCUCACGUCCAAAGUCAUCGACCAAAUUGACAGCCUACCCGAAACUUGCAACAACGAAGGCUUUGCGUUCUUCUACUGCAACCGGAACGAAGAGGAGCGCCGAAAACCCCUCUCUGUCCUCCGCAGCUAUGUUCGCCAACUGUCGACUGCUGUAAGGAGUCCUGGGCACAUGCGGAAACAGCUUCGAGACCUCUACCGUGAAACGAUAAGGAAUGGAUCCGACCUCGGUCUUGACGCCUGCAAACAGCAGCUGCUAGAGUCGGUGAACCUCUAUUUGAAGACUACCCUUGUGCUGGACGCCCUCGACGAAUGCGAACCGGAGUUGCGUGGGCAGCUUGUCAAUAUGAUAGAAGACCUAUUGUCUAAAUCCGAAAGGCCGCUUAAGGUAUUCAUUUCAAGUCGGCCAGACGGCGAUAUCCGAGACCGCUUCGCGUCUCUGCCAAACAUCGAAAUUCAAGCCACCGACAAUCAAGACGACAUCGAAAAAUUCGUCAACGAAGAGAUUGUAAAACACCGCCGCUGGCAUAGAAUUUCUCCAUCGCUGCGAGAAGAAGUUGUCACAACCCUCCUUGGCCGUAGCGGCGGAAUGUUCCAGUGGGCAUAUCUACAGAUCAAGGAGCUCCUCGAACUCCAAACUGAGCAAACUAUCAGAGAUCGACUUGGAAAGCUCCCAGAGGACCUUGAGGGCGCAUACGACGAAAUUUACGGCAAGAUACAAAGUCGGCACAAGUACGAGAAGGCCUUUGCAGACCGCGCAUUCAAGUGGGUGAUGUGUGCCUGUAAGCCACUCGGUAGCGAAGAGCUUCUCUCCGCAGUUCGUCUGGAUCCCGAUACUGACAAUUCGCAUUUGGAUGAAAGAGUUGAUGAGGGUCUUUUAUUGGAGCUAUGCAAUAAUCUGCUUGUCCUUGACUCUCAGCGAGAGGUCUGGAGGUUCUCACACCUCUCAGUGAGGGAGUAUUUCGAAGAGAACCACUGGGGUCUUUGGCAGGCUCACUGUCACGCUGCCAAAGUUUGUCUGGGGCUUCUGAUUGAGACGCACAAGAAUCCAACCAGCAAGGGCAAGCCACAGGACAUCUUUGAUCUGGCACAUCCAUUUCAAAAGUAUUUACGGCACCAUUGGAUGAUUCACGUUAGAUCGUAUGAUGUGCAGGUGACAGACGAUGAACAAGAGGCUGACCUAAUAUUGGCGCGCCUUUUAAGAACCUUUCUUGGAUCUCCUAGGGAGAGCAGUGCGCAAUACCAAGGAUGGUAUGAUCAAGUUGCCUCUGAGCGCCCUCCAUGGUCUUCUGCCCUUUCUGAGGUUCGCAAGGAAGAAAUCUCUCCCAAGGACGUUCCUAUCUUUGCAAUAUGCCGCUUCUCAUUUUAUACCCUCUUGCGCGACUGGUGGGAUAGUGCAGAAAUCGAAGUCUUGCAGAUAAAUGACAACGGUAAAAAUCUCCUUGUCCUUGCUGCUAUUGCAAGCUGCAAACCAAUUUGCAAGAACCUUGUUAAACAAGGCAUACCAGUAAACAUGGUGCUUCAGAGUGGAGGGUAUGGCAGUGCCCUUGCAGCCGCAGCAUGUUCUGGAAAGACUGAGACUGUCAAGUUCUUGGUACAGGAAGGAGCAGAAGUGAACAUGGUGCUUCAGAGUGGAGAUUAUGGCAGUGCCCUUGCAGUAGCAGUAGCACAAGCAGGAGAGACUGCGACUGUCAAGUUCUUGAUACAGGAAGGAGCUAAGAUGUAG